GUGUUUACAGCGCAACAACCACACCCGGUCCAAGCUUCCCUUCCGACGUCAUUGCGUAGAGCCUUCUUCUUGUGUGCAGGUAAAAAUUCAUGGUGAAGUUAACAUAGGUCCGGUUAAGUCCAGCAUCUACAGUCUGUCUGGCAACUACAUAGCCCUAUAAUGGCUGUCUGCGCAAAAUGCGGAAAGCCUCUCACUCUCGACAUCCAACCUGAAGACGACGAUGAAGAUGUGGAGAUGGAGCCAGACGGCCAGGAGACCGUUCCUGACGACGUCCUGCUACCUUGUGGUGACCACUUCCAUUGGGAAUGCCUGCUUGAAUCUUACGAAUAUAGCAAGUGUCCGCAGUGUUCGCAGUCCAUCAUUUCCUCAUCCGCCGGCAGCUCGUCACCUCAAUCAGAGGAUCGAAUAAUUGUCGACUUGGACAAUGAGGGUGGUCUCCAACGCGGAAUAGACAUAAUGCCUUUGCUCAAAGAAGAGUCGUACCUGCGUACCUACCCUGAAGAGCGCAAAUGCCGUGCUUUCCUUGAGUUCUGCCGCGAGGGAGAUCAUCGUGCUAUUGCCGACCUGCUGAAAAGCUGCGGUGAGGAGUUCACGGCUGAGGACGAAGAUGGCAACCUCAUUACGGAGCAAGCGCCUGGCUCCAGCAAGGCGGCCGACGAGAUAUUGCGCUACCAAGAUCCGAUUGGCGACAUGGCUUCCGGCUUACAUGCAGCGGUUGCGAAUGGGAAUAGAGAGGUCGCGUGGUUGCUGUUAUUGCUGGCGAGCGAGUAUCCUGAGAUGGACUUUCCAGCUUUAGUUUUCCAGGAGGCUGCAGCGCUGGGUGUGAUGCGCGAGGAGCAGACGGGAAAGGUAGAUAUCCGCAGUCUGAAGGAUGCGCAAGGUCGGACGGCGGAAGAUGUCGCGAAGGAGGUCGGGAUCGUCUGGAACGGCUGGAUUGGGAAUGCUCGACUGGCUAUGCCAUGAGCCCGGAGACAUGGUGUCGAAAGAGCGGUCUGCGGCCUCCACCUGUUACAGGACCGCCAUCACUCGCGUUUAAGCUUGAUCACACAGACUGAACGCCGUUCAGUCUUGCGCCUUCGCGCUACCCCCAGCCUUCGGUCUCA